AGCCAUUACUCCAUCCAGAAGGGAGCCGCGUUCCUGGGCAUCGGCACCGACAACGUUCACCUGGUGGCCACCGAUGAGAGGGGGAAGAUGAUCCCUGAGGAGCUGGAGAAGGAGAUCCAGAAGGCCAAAGCUGAGGGUGCGGAGCCGUUCCUGGUGUGUGCCACAUGUGGCACCACGGUGUUGGGUGCCUUCGACCCUCUGGGUGCCAUCGCGGACGUGUGCGAGCGCCACGGCCUCUGGUUCCAUGUGGAUGCAGCGUGGGGUGGCAGCGCUCUGCUCUCCAGCAAGCACCGGCACCUCCUGGCUGGCAUCGAGAG